AUGUAAGCACUUUUGGCUUGCUGUUUUCGGAGAUGGUUCAGUAUUGCCAAAACAGAGUUCACACUGUACCGGAACUUCAAAGCAAGUUGUCAGAAUUAGGCCAACAAGUGGGUUCCAGAAUACUCGAUGUGUUGGUGUUGAGGGAGAAAGGAAUGAAAAGGGAAGUGAGAGUGCUAAACAUUCUCCUUUUCAUCAAAUCAGUUUUGUGGAAAAUUUUUACAGAAACAAUUUUGCUUUUACCGGAGCAAGAAUCUGGAAUGAUUUACCAAACAGUUUAAAGGAAGAAACUUGGCUAAAAAUAU